AUGACGACUUCGCUGCUCCUGCAUCCGCGCUGGCCGGAGAGCCUUAUGUACGUCUAUGAGGACAGCGCGGCGGAGAGCGGCAGCGGCGGCGGCGGCGGCGGCGGAGGCGGCGGCGCGGGCGGCGCGGGGGGCGGCUGCAGCGGAGCGAGCCCCGGCAAAGCCCCGAGCAUGGACGGUCUGGGCAGCAGCUGCCCGGCCAGCCACUGCCGCGACCUGCUUCCGCACCCCGUGCUGGGCCGCCCGCCGGCUCCUCUGGGCGCCCCUCAGGGCACCGUCUACACGGACAUCCCGGCUCCGGAGGCUGCUCGCCAAUGCGCUCCGCCGCCGGCACCCCCCACCUCGUCCAGCGCCACCCUGGGCUACGGUUAUCCAUUUGGGGGCAGCUACUACGGCUGCCGCCUGUCGCACAACGUGAACCUGCAGCAGAAGCCUUGCGCCUACCACCCGGGCGAUAAAUACCCGGAGCCGUCGGGCACCCUGCCCGGUGACGACCUGUCCUCCAGGGCCAAGGAGUUCGCCUUCUACCCCAGCUUCGCCAGCUCCUACCAGGCGAUGCCCGGCUACCUGGACGUGUCGGUGGUGCCUGGGAUCAGCGGGCAUCCGGAGCCGCGUCACGACGCACUCAUUCCCGUCGAAGGUUACCAGCACUGGGCUCUUUCCAAUGGCUGGGACAGUCAGGUGUACUGCUCCAAGGAGCAGUCGCAGUCCGCCCACCUCUGGAAGUCUCCCUUCCCAGAUGUGGUUCCCCUGCAGCCCGAAGUAAGCAGCUACAGGCGCGGGCGCAAGAAACGCGUGCCCUACACUAAAGUGCAGCUGAAGGAGCUAGAGAAGGAGUACGCGGCUAGCAAAUUUAUCACCAAAGAGAAGCGCCGGCGCAUCUCGGCCACCACGAACCUCUCCGAGCGCCAGGUCACCAUCUGGUUCCAGAACCGACGGGUGAAAGAAAAGAAGGUGGUCAGCAAAUCGAAAGCGCCUCAUCUCCACUCCACCUGA